AUGAGAGCUACUCGCUCUAUCGGCGAGUUCUCGUCCGACCGAUGGGAGGUGGGUCCAUCGAUUUGGUGUUCCGCAUUCAAGGUUGUUGGUUCAACUUUCCUCUUGCCGAGACUUUUGCGUCCCUCCCUUCAGGGCGUUCUAGACAUUGGGAUGGAUGUGGCAGUAAAGAGACUAUCAAAAUCAUCUGGACAAGGAGUUGAUGCUGAUGUUGUAGCUCUCGCUAAAACCCUCAAUAAAAUCAUCAUCCUAGCAGAUGCUAAAGACAAGAAAUUGUGUAGGUUUGUGUUCUUUAAAAUUGUUCAUAAACUUGGUAUACGUGGUGACGACACUCCGGAUGAUGAGUUUACUCCACUAUGUCGCAUUCCACACCAGGCUUCAUCAAAUAGAAAGUAA